AUGACCCUAGAUACGCCAAUACUGGUGCACUGCACCACCUGCACCUACGAUAGCUACGCCACUGACCAGUACCGUUGCAUAAAUUGGCUGGCCGGGAACUGCUAUGGGCUCAAUAAAGAUCAGCGUAGAGUAGAACAGCGGUCAAAAGCAGUUAAAUGCGCCAGUGUUAAAGUGCGCGACAGCGGCAAAGCGUCGGCGGCCGCGGUCCCGUGGGUCGCCGAGAGCAGCGCACGAUUAAGCGGCGACUACUGCGCUAAAUCCCAUUUAGACCGGACGGAAUCUCUCACCCCACGCAACGUGCAAAACACGUGCUGUUAUUUCCCC